AUGGCCAUAGACCCACCUUUCUGCCUGACCCUCGCAGAGGGACGCACAUCCGUGGGGGACUGCCUGGAGGAGGCGGCAGGUUCUGAGAUGGGGCCAGGCUACAGGGAGGUGUUUGUGGGACGGCCCCCCCCUCCCUGCCGCAGCCCCCCAGGCACCGUUGACUUUCGGACAGCGGCCGUGACUUUCCGUGUCUGUGACCUGACAGGAGGGAGGGAGCCCCUUCAGCCCCCCCCCCUGAGCUGCUUGCCUAGGGCAGAGUUUUGGGGGGUCGCUACGUGGUCUUGCUCAGGACUCCAUUCAGUGACCGCUGGCAAUGUCCGGGCUUGCGCCUCGACCCCCUGCGCUAACAACGGAACCUGCGUCAACCUCGAGAGCGGCCACUACGAGUGCUCCUGUGCCCCUGGGUUCUCGGGAAAGGACUGUCAGGAGAAGGAUGGGCCCUGUGUGAUCAAUGGGUCCCCCUGCCAGCACGGAGGCACCUGCGUGGAUGACGAGGGCCGGGCCUCCCAUGCCUCCUGCCUGUGCCCCCCUGGCUUCUCAGGCAAUUUCUGCGAGAUCGUGGCCAACAGCUGCACCCCCAACCCGUGCGAGAACCAAGGCAUCUGCACCGACAUCGGGGGCGACUUCCGCUGCCGCUGCCCCGCCGGCUUCAUGGACAAGACGUGCAGCCGCCCCGUGGGCAACUGCGGCGCCGACCCGUGCCUCAACGGGGGUACCUGCCUGCAGCACACCCAGGUGAGGUACGAGUGUCUGUGCAAGCCCGAGUUCACGGGCCCCACCUGUGGCAGGAAGCGCGCGCCAGGCCCCCAGCAGGUCACCCGUCUGCCCGGCGGGCACGGGCUGACCUACCGCCUGACCCCCGGGGUGCACGAGCUGCCGGUGCCGCAGCCGGAGCACCGCAUCCUCAAGGUGUCCAUGAAGGAACUCAACAAGAGUGCUCCCCUCCUCUCCGAGGGCCAGGCCAUCUGCUUCACCGUCCUGGGCGUGCUGACCAGUCUGGUGGUGCUGGGCACCGUGGGAGUUGUUCUCCUCAACAAGUGCGAGGCCUGGGUGUCCAACCUGCGCUACAACCGCGUACUUCGCAAGAAGAGGAACGUGCUCCUGCAGUACAACAGCGGGGAGGAUCUGGCCGUCAACAUCAUCUUCCCCGAGAAGAUCGACAUGACCACCUUCAGCAAGGAGGCGGGCGAAGACGACAUCUAAGCAUCCCCACCGGCCCCUCUGUAUUCGCGGGGUCCCGCAGCGCUCACUAUAUGCGGUCUGUUCUCAUCUUUGUGGUGGAGUUUGCUAUAUUCUGUGUCGAAUCCGGUGAACGCUAUGCUUCCGUAUAUUACCUUUGUGUUGCCGUGUGACAAAAAGAACCCUCUUUCUCUCUCUUGAUGCAUGAUCGAAAAAUAAUAACACGAGUUUCAUCUUUAAAUGAG